AUGCAGUCCGCUAUUGCCUUCACUGUCUCCCUCCUUGCCCUCGUUGCCUCGGCAGCUCCCACCACUCGCACUACCGGCACUGUUCAAGUCCAGUUUGCCAACGACGUCACUGGAGCAAACGGCAACGCUCGUAUCCCUCUUGACGGAUCCAACAUCAACCUUGGAGAAGCUUAUGGAAACACCAACCUGGAGAAGGACGGCACCCUCUUUGUCACCAGCCUGCAGUUCACUGCCGAUUUCCAGAACGUGCAGUGCGUUGUCCUCAAGGACUUCCAGACCAGAGUCGCCUUCAUUGCCGACCCUCACCAGGACUUCCAGACCUUCUCUCAGAAGCCCCUGGAUUGGCAGAACAACUUCACCAUUGCGUGCAAUGUCGCUUCUUCUUAA